AUGGCCUCUGGGGAGGGCGGGAGCUGGGGUCGCUCCCCACCGCAGAGCGCAGUUCCGACGCCCUGGGUCACCGUUCUGCAGCCCCUCUGGUGGUCCGUCCCACCUGCGCCCCCGCAGCCAGGCCCCCUGAAGGAAGACCUGCUGGAACUAAUGAUGCUGCAGAACGCGCAGAUGCACCAGCUGCUGCUGAGUCGCCUGGUGGCUGGAGCACUGCAGCCCAGGCCGGCCUCACCCUGCCCUCAGGUCUACCUGGAGGUUCCACAGGAAGAGCCUGAGGAGGAGGAGGAGGAGAUGGAUGUGCAGGAGAUAGGGCCUUUGGUGCUUCACCCCCACUUGCCCUAUUUGAUGCCCUCCCCGGGUGCCCUGCUGCCCUGGCCGGCCCCCUUCUUCCCCGCUCCCGCCUGUCAGCCCCACUUGCGGGAUGUGCCCAGGAUUCAGCACUGUCCUCCUGCCUCCAGGGAAAGGGAGGUGAGAGCUGUGCCGCCACCCCCACCCCCCAGUGCCACAGGGACUGUGGGCACCAGUGUACCCCCGGCUUCAGACUACUAUGAUGCCGAGAGCCUCCUAUGAGGACAGACGCUGGCCCUGGGACCUGUACCAGCUUUGUGCUCGGGAUACAGCCCCGGAGCCCCCUCCUGCACCUCUCUUGUCGGCUCCUCUGUGCCCAUGGCUGGCGGUCCUUCUCACUCCCUCAACCUCAGCCAGGCCCUCUUCUCCUGGGAAAAUCAGUCCCUGCCCCACCCCAAUGAUCCCUGGAUGGGCCAGAUCUGUGCCGUGGUGCAAGCGCUCCUUAGAGCACCACCCAGGCCCUUGAAGCCAUGUCAGCCCGCCUCUGCCCCACUGCUUCCUGCCUGGAGCAGGGGGAGGCCUGGGAACAGAGCCCCCAGCCUGUCUGCCUCACCCCUCUCUCUGGGAUGAUGAGGUCUCCUUCCAGCCUAAUAAUGGAGCAAGAGGGGAGUGGGGGUUCCUUCUGCUUUCCACAGCUUUGAAGGCCGCUUUGAGGUGGCUGCAGGGGCCCAGAGUGGUGGGGGAGAGGCCUUGCUGGGCAGCGCCCCCGAGCAGAGUCAGUUCCCUGGGACCCCCACCCGUCGUCCCAGGAAGCAGCUCUGUUGGCAGAAAGGAGAGGUCAGAGCUUUGUCCUGCUGUGACCCGGAGUGGCCUGAGGUCUCCUGGGGCCAGGUGGGAACACUGUGUCCUGGGCCAGGGUGUGUUUCCCCCACCCUCCCUCAGUAGGAAUGAGCUACUCAGGCCAGAUGGGGGCCUGGCGCCUGGACUGGGAGGCCCCUGUGAAGGAGAGGAUGGGAAGGGAGGCAUCUGGGGAGAGGGGUCCCCCGUGGUGGCUCCCCUCCGUGGCCGUUGUUAUCCCAGGAGGAGACACUAUGGGCACAGGGCUAAGUCCAGGUGUUUGUAUUCGGGCUAGAAAAGGCAAUGUCCCGCGUCUCUGCUGCCUGUCACAGUCCUUCGGCCAGGGCUGGACCUCAACCUUGAGGAGUCACACUGAGUUCCAGUGACCACCAUGGCGGUGGCCGUGCCACUUAUGUGUGCUAUGGCCGGAAGGCCUGGGGUAGCCUCCUCCAAGCCGCUCGCACCCCGUAGGUGCCCGUCCGCCGCUGGCGCCAGUGCUGGCUGAAGAUGAAGCAGAGCAGGACAGAUGUCACGAACAGGAACAGCAACACUGACACCACUAUGACGAUGAUGACCAUCUGGCUGUCCGGCACGGGCUCUGGACAGGGAGGGGCAAGGGUCUUAGACGUCCUGUGAUCCCAGUUACCAGGAACUAAAAGGAAGUGGAAGUCCACCCCCAACCCAGCCCCCCAGCCCCCGCCGCCCACUCAUCCAUCCUGCAGUCACCCCAGGUUGCAGACAUGUGUGGUGAAUGGUGUCUAAAUUAAAAAUUAUUAUCUGGAAAAAAGGUGGCCCAGGACUCAGGCCACCAGCUGAAUUUCUGUGAGGCUGUGAGGGCAGAUGUCCCUUGUCAGCAGCCCUGGGACCAGUGUGUAGCUGCUGGACACCAUGGCCUGGAGGGGGGCAUGGUCCCAGCCAAACCCCUUCUUGGGCACAGCUGAGUGAACUUCAUGCCAAGCUCCCUGAGGACAGGGAAUGUGCCGGCCGCCCAGAGUCACUGAGCAGCAGAGCUCUGGGUACCUCAGGGGAGGCGAUCAGGCCAAGCUUCUCAUUGUGGAGGGCGGCCAAGGCCAGGGAGCGCAGUCAAGGUCAUGGGACUUGAUGGUGGCCGAGGAACUAGUUGACCUCUCCCAACCCCUGGAACAGUUGAGGUUCAAGCUGGGGACGCGGAAAGCACUUCAGGGAAGAGGGAGAGUAAGGGGGAAGUCUCAGGGUGAAGGGUGGGCGCCUGGGUGUUUGUUUCCCAAGUGGGGCUUGAGAUUUUUCUUCCCCCAAGGGGCUGAAAGUGGCUUCUCACUCCCAACUCCAUCCGUGGAGCCCCCCUCACCAUAGAUCUCCAGCAUCUUCGGGGCUGAGUGUUUUUGAAAGACGUCGCCACCGCGAGACGUCAAGUUCAGCUCAGCCAGGCAGGAGAAGUUGUGGUGACCGUCCUCUCUGUGAGCCGUGCUGCUGAAUGUGGCUGUGGCCUCCUGCAGGGCAGGGGCUGCCUUCCCGAAGGUCUGACUGUGCAGAGUCUCAUUGCCACGGAGUAGGAAGAGGGUGAGGCGGUCCAGGGGCUCCACGGCGGGCACCCUGCACUCGAUGGUGAAGGACUUGCCCACGGCCACCCAAGUGGGCUGCAGUGUGAGGAAGACCUGCUUUGGAGGCUCUGCGGGGGACAAAGGAGGGAGGUCUGGUCAGGAUGGGGGUGCAGCCCCAGCAGCCUCCCCCUGGCCAGGGCCAUCUCCUGUCACCAUGGUGUUCCACGGUCGGGGAGGAGGCGGCCUGGCCAGCUCCAGUGCAGAGAGGAAGAGGGCGGUGGUUGAGGAUGGAGGCUGGACUGCAUGGUAGUUUUACAGACAUGUUGAGUUCCGGUGGCCAGGCAUCUACAAGGACAAGGUUCAGAAAUUGUACAGCCAACUGGAAAGAUAGAAAAGUUUGGGUCUGUCUCCUCUCCUUCAGAAAUGAAAUACAAAUUUCAAAAAUUAAA